UGCCUGCUGGGAAGGGUGGGGCGGCCCGCCUGGCCCGGACGGAUGGGUCAGGAUGACAGCCUGUUCCUCUUUUUCACUCUCUGGUCUCUGCCCAAGCAGGCGCAGCGAUUCCGUGGCGUGUCGCGAUCCGCUUACAGCAGAGGCAGGCGUGGAGACAACCUGGUCUGCACAGAACUGAGUCUGACUGGAACCACAGUCUAGGGCAACCUGGAUUCCUCUGGAGGGUUCCAGCAGUCCGGACACAGCCAUGCACUGCUCCUGCUCCUCCUCUUGGCCAGUGGGGCUGAGGCCUUUCGCAUCUGCGCCUUCAAUGCCCAGCGGCUGACGCUUCCCAAGGUGGCCAGGGAGCCUGUGAUGGACACCUUAGUUCUGAUCCUGGCUCGCUGUGACAUCAUGGUGCUCCAGGAGGUGGUGGACCCGACUGGCAGUGCCAUCCCCCUUCUGCUUCGAGAGCUCAAUCGAUUGGAUGACUCUGGGCCCUACAGCUCCCUGAGCAGUCCCCUGCUGGGGCGCAGCACGUACAAGGAGAAGUAUGUGUACAUCUACCGGUCUCACAAGACGCAGGUCCUGGAUUCCUAUGUGUACGAUGAUAAGGAUGACCUCUUUGCCCGGGAGCCCUUUGUUGGCCAGUUCUCUUUGCCCAGCAAGGUCCUUCCCAGCCUGGUGCUGGUCCCGCUGCACACCACUCCGAAGGCUGUGGAGAUGGAGCUGAAUGCCCUGUACGACGUGUUUCUGGAUGCCUCCCAGCACUGGCAAAGCAAGGAUGUGAUCCUGCUUGGGGACUUCAAUGCUGACUGCGGUUCACUGACCCAAAAGCGCCUGGACUCCCUAGUCCUCCGGACGCAGGCAGGCUUCCAGUGGGCGAUUGCGGAUGGGGUGGACACGACAGUGCGGGCCAGCACCCACUGCGCCUACGACCGCAUCAUACUGCACGGGGAGCGCUGCCAGGGCCUGCUGCGCUCCGCAGCUGCCUUCCACUUCCCCAGCAGCUUUGGGCUCACCGAGGAGGAGGCCCUCAACAUCAGCGACCACUACCCUGUGGAGGUGGAGCUGAACCGGGCGGCGCACAGGCUGCCGUGCCUCAGCCUGGCCACGGUGCUGCUGCCAUCGCUGCUGCUGCUGCCACUCUUGCCCCCACAGCUGGGCCUGGUGGCCUGAACCCACCCGUACCUGCUGCCCAGCCCUGGGCAAUGCUGCCUUCAGGAUUCAAACCCGGGUGGAGGGUUAGCUCAGGGGAGAGCGCAUGCUUAGCCCGCACAAAGUCCUGGGUUCAAUCCCCCGUACCUCCGUUAAAAACAAAUAAAAAUAUUAAAAA